CUGUGUUGUUGCUGUUGGUUGUUGUUGUUGUUGUUUGUGCUGAGACAGAACACCCGGUGCAGUGCGGCUGCCACAGCCUGUAUGUGAACCCAGGCUACCAAACCCUGAGCCAGGGCCACAGUGCGCAGGGCAUCGCCAACAACAACUUGGAGCUGCGCUGCACGGGCAGGCCCAACAAUGCCCGCGUCCCCGCGAUGAAGAACCUGGAGCGGGAGAAGCUGGCAGCGCGCUGCGCGGAGGGCAGUGCCACUCUGCCCGUGCUCUGGAAGCGAUCCACCAACCCCUACCACCUGGGCGCCUGUGGCGUGGAGAGAGCCUAUAACACCUGCAAGUCGCACAAAGAGUACAGCAAGGGCAGCAGGGGCAGCUCUGGCUCGGUGGGCAGCGAGAGCCCCUACGCCACGAUCCGGGAGACCCCCGCGCUCCCCGCUUCCCCCGCGCCCGCGAGGUCGCCCCCCCCGCCGGCUGGGGGGGGCCCCGUGUCGCCCCCCCGGGGCUCCGAGGCGGCCGGCUACGUGGAGAUGAAGGCGCCGGGGGGGCCGGGGGGGCCGGGGGGGCCGGGGGGGCCGCGGGAGUCGACCUACGCGGAGAUCGUCUGCUCGCCGGCGCACGGCCUCGCCGGCCACGUCGCCACCGGCAGCACCAGGAACGUCUACGAGAUGGAACCCACGGUGAGCGUGGUGCACGGCGGUGGUGCGGGCGACACAAACGCGCCGGCACAGCUUCACCACCGCCGCCACCACCACCACCACCCGCAGCAGCACCACCGCCACGCUCAGUUGCUACGGCGUCAGCAGCAGCAGCAGCAGAUGGAGCACGGCUUGUACGACCUCCCCAAGAACAGCCACAUACCCGGCCACUACGACCUGCUGCCCGUCCACGCGCACCCACAGACGGCCGCCCUGGACAAGGAGCCUCGCCUCACCUCCUGCUCCACCUCCUCCUCCUCCUCGGCGGCGGCGGCGUCGCAGCGUCAUCACACUCAGCAGCUGGAGGGGCAGUUUUAAGUUGCCGCUGUUUAUCGGUGCCGUGGGCUGCCUCCUCAUCCCGUCCAUCCCUCUCGCCGUGAGGAGGAAGACGAAGAGGGAGGAUGAUAAGGAAGAGGGGCAGGACAAUUAGAAGGAGUAACGGAGAGAAGGGGGGAGGAGAGUGCGACACUCUCCGUCCAGCACCAGCUACCUUCCUCAACUCACAGAACAACAACGACACCAACAACAACAACGACGACACCACCGCGCAACAACCGUAGCGUGCACGCGGGCAGCCGCGUGAACAUUCUCUCUGCGUCGUUGGGAAGCGGCGAAGCCAACGGAAUCGACCGAUCGACGAAACUCUCCCCCUCUCUCUCCCCUCUCUCUCCUCUCUCCCCUCUCUCUCCCCUCUCUCCCCUCUCUCUCUCUCCUCU